ACAGUGCUGCGGGAACAGUGACACGUGACCGGUGGUUCGGGACGAUGUGUUGGUGUUAGCAGGCGGCUGGCUAACGCUGCUAUGGAUGUUGAUGUCUACCGACGCGAGCUGGCGACAGCGGCUAUUGCAAGGCGCUCAAUAGUCACGCUAAAAUGAGGAAAAGGAGCCGCAGACGGGUGACAACGGGUGGAGACGGGAGUCCGGCUGCAGUACCAAGGUACUCACUUGUGCUCCGUCCAGCCGCCCGGGUCGCAGGUCGCUCGUCUUCUCUCCGCUCCGCCGCGCUCACGCCAUCUUUUAUCCAACGCUCAGCCGCAUGCUGGUCACGUGACGCGGCACAGGCCUACCGCGGUCGUCAUCGCCCUCAAACUCCCCGAGCAGUGGUGGUGGGACCGCGUUUCCGGGUCGCGACGAGUCGAACCGGGUCCAAAAGUCACCCUUUGACGAAGGAAUCGCAGCCUCUGAAAAGCUUUGGACGACAAACAGAAAGAAAACAUCGCUGGCGCAGGCGAGCUAGCGCCACCACGUCACGUGACCCUCCUCGAACUGGACAGGAAGUGACGCGCUGAAACGUUUUCUUCUUCGCUGUUUAUUUUUUUCGGCUUUGUCUUCAGUUAGUAUUGACCACUUUCCCCAACUAUUUUCUUCCGGCUGAUUCGAGGAAACUGGGGAAUUCGUAAUUAUUUGUAGUUGUUGACAGUCUGACCGCACGUCAUGGCUGUCAUGAGUCGGCUUCAUCACGGAAGGAAGAGCCGGUGACGGGGCGGCUGUCCUCCGAGUCUCUCAUGGAUGUCAUUUAUUACAUUUAAAUGCAGUCGUGCGUGGAACCUGGGAGACAAUUUUGGCUCUCCGAAGUCAAACAGACGAUGAGUGGGAGUGGCCUUGGGAUGUGGCCUCAGAGUUCAGGGUCAUCGCCAUCAACGUGUCCAACAGACGCGCAGCCACUGACCACUGCCGGACCCCAACUCGUCUGAGCGUCUUAUCAUCAUAUGUAUUUGCUGUAGAGCAAGCACAACACACAUGAGAGAGGACUCUUGUUUCUGCCCGUAUGUGCAUGGAAAAAGAGUGGCCUGCGGGGGGCGCCACUCUACCUGUGCUAGCGAGGGUGAAAAUGGCGGAGAGAGUCUGGCUCUAACUCCGUGUCCUCCCCUCUCCGCCCCCUUCUCCCGGGUCCCUGUGAUCGGCGAGGACCGAGUUCUGUGGGUUCGUGGAGGAGGUCCAGUCCGAGCGCGGACAUGAGCGGGGAAGUGGUUUGCAGCAGUCACUCGGAGGUCUUCAGCUCCAUCCAUCCACUUCAUGAGGCAAAGCAGCUGGAGGUGGUGCCGGAGGAACCUUUCAUAGCCAUGAGCUCUCAGAGGCCGGCAGACAAGAGCGCCUCCUGCUGGUCACAGCUACGACUGACUCAGACACGCCUCUGCCCGCCCACUGAGCUCCCCCCUGCCCACAGGUUAUCUCAGACUCCCCUGCUCAGCAGCAACAGACACCUCUCGCAGCAGAGCAGAAGCGGUCCCCGGGUCGGAACCAGGAAACACUCGAAAAAAAUGGCUAGAGGGAAGAAUGUUCAGAUCCAGAAGGUGACAGACUAUUACCCCAUCAGACGGAGUUCAAGGAAAAGUAAAUCAGAGCUGGAGUGUGAGCAGAAGAAGCAGAUGGACGCGCUCAUCACCAGCGGGGUGGAAGAAGGGAUGGAGAUGCAGUACAUCGAGGGGAAAGGUCGGGCAGUCGUCACCACGCGCUGCUUCCGCAAGGGCGAGUAUGUGGUGGAGUACCACGGAGACCUGCUGGACAUCACGGAUGCCAAGAAGCGCGAGGCGGAGUACGCCCUGAACCCUGACACCGGCUGCUACAUGUACUACUUCCACUACCUGAGCAGGACCUACUGCGUCGACGCCACCAGAGAGACGGGGCGGAUGGGCCGACUCAUCAACCACAGCAAAAGCGGCAACUGUCACACUAAGCUGCAUGACAUCGACGGUGUCCCGCACCUCAUCCUCGUGGCCUCCCGAGACAUCCACCAGGGGGAGGAGCUUCUUUACGACUACGGAGACCGCAGCAAGGCGUCCAUCGCCGCCCACCCCUGGCUAAAACACUGAGAAGCCCAGCAACGCCUUCAGGGGCCAGUCCUGUCUUGCCCACACUCCUACAGAAGCUCAUCCACUGCUUGUUUUAUCCACAAGGGUCUUUUAAUACACACUCACACGCGCUGCGCCACCGGUCGGCGUCAGUCACCAGACUUUCCUCCGCAGUCCACUUGUUUUGUUUUUUUCCAACACGACCGCUGGGGAUUUUCACUUCCAGACAUCAGUGUUCUCAGCUGAGCUUGGGUCACUGCAGAUCACCGUUUGAACUCUAGUGGUUGUGAUGGGACCAGAUGACCCCGCACCGGACGGGGUCUCCUCUCAGCCUCAUUGCUGGCCAAAACCAAAACCAUGAAUAGCCAUCAGUGCUGGCUGACGUCACUUCCUGUAAAUAUAUUUAUUGAAAUGAUCGACGAGAAUAAACGUUUUCAGAACAGAAUGUCUGGUGCUCUGGU